UCAAUUCCUCUGCCUUUAUCAGUUAACAAAAACUGUGCUUUUCGUAAUUCUCUUCAUUAUGUCUCAAAAGCCUAUAUUAUAUUACGCACUCUUCAGCCCUCCAGCAAGGACCUGCAUGCUGACAGCCAAAUUGAUUGGCUUGGAUGUGGAGCUUAGGGCCGUUGACUUUUCGAAAAAGGAACACUUGAGCGACGAGUUUAUUAAACUUAAUCCGGAGCAUCAGAUACCCGUUUUCGUGGACACCGAUGGUGAGGUGUAUGUGGACAGUCAUGCCAUCGUCUGCUUCAUGGUUGCCAAAUAUGGCAAGACCGAUCAGCUUUACGCGAAGGAUCUGAAGCGUCGCGCUCACAUUGAGCAUCGCCUGUACUACGAGAAUGGCGUGCUCUUUCCGGUGAUCAAGGACAUUGUGGCGCGCAAUCUAUACGGUGGCGAAUUGGAGUACAAUGCAUGCUCUGUGAAAUUGUGCCAGAAUGCUUACGCUACGCUGGAGCACUUCCUGGAGCAGGGCAGCUUUGUUGUGGGCAAUGAGCUGAGCGUGGCGGAUAUUUCCAUAAACACCACACUGAUCACAUUGGAUCUGAUGAUGCCCGUGGAUCGGGAGCGUUAUCCCAAAAUUGCCAACUGGCUGCAACGCAUGCAGCAGCUGCUGCCCGACUAUGAGGAGAUCAACCUGAAGGGGGCUCAGGCUCUACAGCAGCGCAUAGAAAAUUGCAUGGCCGAGAACAGAUCUGCAAAAUAAAAAUUCUAAAAUUCCAAAAUCUCAGCCAAUUGUAUGCACCUCGACGCGCUCAACCUGCCCGGGAUCGCUGUUUUUGUGUUUUUAGCCAUAUCUGCCACGCCCCUGCGAAAAGAUAAUCAAAACCGAUGGUUCCUAGUUGACCCACAUAUCCUUGGUUAUACCAUACCAUUGAUAUAGUCCUGGUGAACCUACAGUUCCAAAUCCCAGCUAAAUUCGCUUGAAAGCUUUAUCCACAAUUAAAUUUCGGUUUGAAAAUUAACGGACGCAAAAUGCCUUGGCACUGUGCCCCCGGCCGUUGGGUUCACAUUUUUCAUAUCAAAAUUCAGCUGAAGUACCAGGCGAACAGCAAUGCCCAGCAGGUAGAUGCAGAGAAAUUUUUAUUUAACAAAAAUUUCGUUGCAUACCCACAAGGUGCAAAAAUAAUGACUUGCAAGUUCCUUAACAGUCCUCUGUUAAUUAGCAGCUACGCAGCUGUAAGUUAACACGUCGCUGUUAAGCAAAUGUUAGUUAACAGCUGCUGCUAAGCUGGGCGGCGUCAGGCUUGGACGCAAAUUUGGCAAAAGUACCAGGCGAGCAGAAAUGCCCAGCAGGUAGAUGAAUUAAAUUUUUUUUUUUUAAUUUGUAAAUGCCCAUAUCUCGGUCA